AAUCCCAAACACACUAGUGCCUAACCGGUCAGAACACAAUAGCUGAACAAACAGCCCAGUGAUCUGUUGACUUCCAGUGGUUCCAAAUUCUACCUCGUAACUCCCUUUUUCCCAGCUCCGGCUGCCGCUCCUGGAUGAAUUUCACAUCACCGGAAACAUGAGCGGAGGAGAUGGCCGGAAAACAGCUAGAAACAGAAUCAAACCAUCAACCACCACCACCACCACUACAGACGAUCAUCGCGAACUUCGUAACCGCAAGGGUUUACGUAAGGAAAGAGGCAAAGAUCAACUUCGCAUACUAGAUGUUAAUUUCGCUCUUCUAGGGUUUAUUAUUCUAACCUCAUUAGUCGCCCUACUCUUCGUCUUCCGUUCCGUUCAGUUCACCGAUGCAGAUCAUCCAUUGCCUAGGGUUAUCACGCCCUUUCCUGCUCCCAAAAUCAUGGACCUUGAGAUUUUUCAAGGUGACCAUAAGGAGAGCUUAUAUUGGGGAACUUAUCGCCCUCACGUCUAUUUUGGCGUCCGAGCAAGGGCUCCAGAAUCAUUGGUUGCUGGACUGAUGUGGCUUGGUAUAAAAGACGGUCGAUAUUUUAUGAGACAUGUCUGUCAAGAUGCAGACGACCUUCAAACGUAUGGUUGGAAUAAACAUAAUGGGAGAGAUUAUGGACAUCAGGUUAUAAUUGAUCACGGAAUGACAUUGACGACGAGCUUCUUGAAAUCUAAAGGAAAUGGUAGCGGCUAUGGAGGAGACUGGGCUGUUCAAGUUGGAGUGCAAUACGAAAAAUUAAUUGAAGGUAUGCCAGAUGCUGCACAUCUUUUCUUUUAUGUGGCUGAUGAGGGCCAAAAUACGCUCAGACUGGGUAGAAGCGUAUCGGAUAUAGAUGAGAAGUCUCUAUUGGCAUUUGGAUCACGAGCUGAUGUUGGUGACUGGGAGAUACAUUUAAAAUCAACGGAUGAUUUUGAAGUCCACCAUAUUGGUUUGAAGACGCCUCACAUUCACAAUCUCUCUGAUCUGGUUCAAGGAAUUCUCGGCCUACAAGUAAGAAACUUUGGUCAUUUAGAGCUUCCAGACACAUCUGAUGAUUCUCCCAACAUUUUCGUUUAUCAGAUCACUGCUCGAACGCCUUUUAAAGCAGACAUUGCUUUUGUAACUGGAACCGAUAUUGAUAAUGAUAAAGUCGAAGAACGUGUCAACAGCCUCACAGGUACAUCAUUGACUAGUCAACUUCAUAAGAAGGAAAAUGAAUUCGAUGAUAAAUUCAAGAAAAUCUUUAAUCCGUCUGACAAGCUUGAUUUAGAAUCUGUGGAAGUUGGUAAGGCUGCUAUUGGAAAUUUGUUAGGUGGAAUCGGGUACUUCUAUGGCCAAUCAAAAAUAUUGUUUCCACAACCCUCUAAGCAUCGAUCUGAUGGUGAUUCUAUAUUAUACUGGCCGGCUGAGCUGUAUACUGCUGUUCCAAGCCGCCCUUUUUUUCCAAGAGGAUUCUUAUGGGAUGAGGGUUUUCAUCAACUAUUAAUAUGGCGAUGGGACACACAUAUUUCCAUGGAUAUUAUCGGACAUUGGUUAGAUCUUAUGAACAUCGAUGGUUGGAUUCCACGAGAGCAAAUUUUAGGAGCUGAAGCUUUAAGCAAGGUGCCUGAAGAAUUUGUUGUUCAACGCCCAAGUAAUGGAAAUCCACCAACGUUAUUUUUAGUCCUACAAGAUCUGGUUUGUGGUAUGAAGAGAAACCAAUUUUCUGCUACGGAAAACAAGGAGAUGUCUGCUUUCUUUGAACGAUCUUUUGGUCGUUUAGAAGCAUGGUUUCAAUGGUUUAAUACCACCCAAUCAGGCAAGUAUACAAGUAGCUAUUAUUGGCAUGGAAGAAAAGAGAGUCAGACCAUUUUUGAACUAAAUCCAAAGACCCUAUCUUCCGGUUUAGACGAUUAUCCACGCGCAUCACACCCGACUGAUGAGGAACGCCACCUGGAUCUUAGAUGCUGGAUGCUUCUUGCAGCAGAUUGCAUGCACUCCAUCUCAGAGCAGCUUAGGAAUAAAAAGGAAUCUUGGAAGGCAUAUAAAGAAACAGCCGAACUCCUUGCUGAUUUUGAUCUUCUUAACAAGAUGCAUUUUGACGAAGAUUACGGAGCGUAUUUUGAUUACGGGAAUCACACAGAAAAGGUUCGUUUAAGACGGCAACUAGUGGAGAAAAACGGCAACCAACCACCAAGUCUAGAGCUUGUCAGAGAAGUUUUAGAGCAACCGGUGUUGAGACUGGUUCCACAUGUUGGAUAUGUUAGUCUUUUUCCCUUCAUAUCGAAAAUCAUCCCAUCCAAAUCAUGGAUCCUAGAAAAACAGCUUGACAUUAUUUCAAACACGAGCACCCUCUGGACUAAUUAUGGAUUACGCUCGCUCUCUAAAACAAGCUCAAUGUACAUGAAACGAAAUACAGAGCAUGACCCACCAUAUUGGAGAGGCCCGAUUUGGAUGAACAUGAAUUACUUAAUUCUUUCAUCACUGCAUCAUUAUUCAAAAGAGGAAGGGCCAUAUAGAGAAAGAGCUGAGACAAUAUACAAUGAGUUGAGGGGCAAUCUGAUUAGAAAUGUGAUGAAGAAUUACAAGCAGACGGGUUAUUUAUGGGAACAAUAUGAUCAGAAGAAGGGUAAUGGAAAAGGCGCACACCCUUUUACUGGUUGGACUUCACUGGUUGUUUUAAUCAUGGCAGAAUCAUAUAGUGAAUGUUAAGUUAAGUUACAAUUUUGACCAUUAUAGAAGUUAGUAUCUGUUGCACGUUGUCAGGACCUGUAAUCUGUAUGGUAUUUAGAAAGCUGUUACUUUAAAAGCCCACAAAAUAUUUGAAAUUUAAGUCCA